CAAAAGGCACAUGGCGAUUGCGAAUGUGUGGACAAUGUCAACAUUUAUGUGCUUAACGGUUUAGCUACGAUCGUUAAAAGUGCAAUCUUUUCGAAAUGGAUGGAUUGCAUUGCUACUGCAAUACUAAUGAAGUGAACAGUCACAUGUUGCAGUGUUGUGUGUGCAAAAAGUAUUUCCACGCAGAAUGUUUGAAAUUUCCUCCGCAAACUACACUUGUCGGUGAUCUCUUCUAUAAGCUAACAUGCGAACGUUGCUCACCAGAGCAAACUGAAACCUGCGAAAGAAUAAAGAUGCAAUGGGUACAAGUCAUCAUGCUGGCUCUGUACAACCUGCACGUUAGUGGUGCAAGCGGAAAGCUAGGAUACUUUCGAUGGAGAGAACACAUUUGCACAUUUAUCGACAAAUACUGGACAGCAUUCUUUGGAGAUACUCGGAAGAAGACAGCUACUUUCCGAGGCACCGUAGCGGGUGCGCUGUCCUCGGGUUGUCCUCAGUACUUUCGGUCCGGGACUGUGGAGCUCAAGGAAGCAGGAUGGUGGACUCUGACCGAGAUGAAACCUCCAUCUCCGUUAGAUUUCGAUGGUGUGAACCCGCUGACAGCAAAGUACAGAAAGCCAAAAGCUGGAUCAGCAGGCAAAAACUUACCACUAGUCGAAGGCACUCGGCGGCGAAACGUCACAAGUGCCAUUCAAGCUGCUAUGCAUCUCAAGGAAAAGAAGUCGGGGUCACAGAAUGUCACUCAGGCCAGUGCUCUGCAUGAAGUAGUCAUCAAAAAAGAACCCGAUUCAAAUGACGAAACUCAUCCAGCAUUGCUGCAGAUCCAGGACAGUGUUAUGACAACAGAUGACUUCAGCUGGAGCUCGUCCACGCUAGAACAAGACAUGUUAGCCAACGACUCGUUUCGGCAACAGUUGAUUGGAAGUAACGAAUCUUUGAACGACGCAUCAAUAUUCCAGGAAGAAGCUGCAGCACAGCAGGGUCUCUGUCUGAAAAUGAAAGUCGAAGAAGAGGAGGAGAUGCUAGAUAUGGAAGAAUUCAAUGUCGAAGAAUCCAUCUGCGAUCCAUCCUACCUGCGCGUGGAGUCCCCCAAUGUAGACGACCUUGUGUCCGACAUCCUCACUACCGAUGUUGGUGCCACAGAAGAAGUCAGCUGGGGAGGAACUUCAGGUCGAAGUACUCCACAAGCUGACAGUGGAAUAAUCGUUAAGGAAGAGCCACAAAGUGGCAGCGAAAGCUACUGCAGCUCCACGGAAACAUCUCGUGGGCCAGCUUUAUCCAAAAAGAGAAGGAUGGACGAAAAGCAGAUCCAAGGGGGCAGUGCAGCUCAUAUUGAAGUGCCCGAAAAGCCACGGUGUGCACCCAUGAGCAUGUAUGAAGAACACCAGUUACUGAGGCAGCUCGAAAAGUAUGGCCAGAAAAUGAAGUUGCCUCCCGAAGCUCAGAGGCUGAGACGGAAACUACUUGUUAGACAGAUGAAACGAGCGAGGAACACACCAGUUUUUGAUCUGGACCAGGAAGUUUGCAAGUUGACCUCGGGCAUGUUGGAAGAAGUUGGAAAAAUGAAAGGAGCGUAUCUGCAACCCCAUAAAGGUGGAGUCAAUGUGCUGGAUCGCUACCAGGUGACGACUGGAACAGCGAGGCUCGGCAUCUACACACGCACGUCAUUUAUUACUCGUAUCCUGGGCCUGGAAGAGGAGCAGUUAGAAUGUACCAUCAGCCCCUACACCCAGAGGACUUUGAAGCCAUUUAUUUUGAGAGACUACGAGACGAUGCCCCUUCGACUGAGGUUACUCGAAGAAAUAGUUACGCAGAAAAGGAAUUCAGGCCAGAGUGCCAAGCCAACGAGACAUCCCAUCGACUAUUGCUACGUGAGGCCACAACAUAUUCCCGUCGUGAAUGCCAUGUGUGAAACGUUCUUCUGGCCCGGAAUUGAUUUAUCGGAAAGUCUUGAGUAUCCAGAUUUUAGCUGCGUAGUAAUGUACAGGAAGCUGGUGAUCGGAUUUGCGUUCAUGGUUCCAGACGUCAAGUACAACGAGGCUUACAUUCCCUUUAUAUUCACUCAUCCAGAAUGGCGGCAAGCUGGAAUUGCAAAGUUUAUGAUCUAUCACCUCAUACAGACGUGCAUCGGCAAAGACGUAACGCUGCAUGUGUCGGCAACAAACCCUGCCGUGCUCCUGUACCAGAAGUUUGGCUUCAAAGUUGAAGAGAUCAUCCUGGACUUUUACGAUAAAUAUUUUCCCGCAGACUCCAAAGAGUGUAAGCACGCUCUGUUUCUCAGGCUUAGUAGGUAGCAGGCACAAUAAAAUGUCACCUUCA